UGCACUUUGACCUUAUCUUUAUAUGUAACAGGAAAAAGCUGUUCUGAGCCCAGACAGAGGGGGAACCACGGCGGCUGCCGGAGCGCCGGGCACAGCAGGGACCGGGAAUGUCAUCGGCGAUGGAGGCACUGUACGGCAGGAACAAAGAAGAACACCCAGAGCCCAUAAAGGCCGAGGUGCAGGGUCAGCUGCCCACUUGGUUGCAAGGGAUCCUUCUCCGGAAUGGCCCAGGGAUGCACACCAUAGGGGACAGCAAGUACAACCACUGGUUUGAUGGCUUGGCUCUGCUGCACAGCUUUACCUUUAAAAAUGGUGAAGUUUACUACAGAAGUAAAUACCUCCGAAGCGACACCUACAACUGCAACAUAGAAGCAAACAGAAUCGUGGUGUCUGAGUUUGGCACUAUGGCUUAUCCAGAUCCGUGUAAAAACAUAUUUGCCAAGGCAUUCUGCUAUUUGUCUCACACCAUUCCUGAGUUCACAGACAACUGCCUGAUCAACAUUAUGAAAGCUGGGGAUGAUUUUUAUGCUACCAGCGAGACCAACUUCAUCAGGAAAAUUAAUCCACAGACUCUGGAGACGUUGGACAAGGUUGAUUACAGCAAAUACGUAGCUGUAAAUGUGACAACUUCUCACCCACACUAUGACAGUGCUGGAAAUAUUCUCAACAUGGGCACUUCAAUAGUUGAUAAAGGGAAGACAAAAUAUGUUCUAUUUAAGAUUCCUUCCUCUGUGCCAGAACAAGAAAAGAAGAAAUCUUGUUUCAAACACCUGGAAGUGGUUUGCUCCAUCCCUUCUCGCUCUCUGCUCCACCCCAGCUACUACCACAGCUUUGGAAUCACAGAAAAUUACAUCAUCUUUGUAGAGCAGCCCUUCAGGCUGGAUAUUGUCAAAAUGGCAACUGCUUACAUCCGAGGGGUGACCUGGGCUUCCUGCCUUGCCUUCAAUAAGGAUGACAAGACUUGGUUUCACUUUGUAGACAGGAAGACUAAAAAAGAAGUGUCCACCAAGUUUUAUACUGAUGCCAUGGUGUUUUUCCACCAUGUAAAUGCUUAUGAAGAGGAUGGCCACAUUAUUUUUGAUAUUAUUUCCUAUACAGACAAUAGCUUAUAUGACAUGUUCUAUUUAAAAAACAUGAAUAAAGACUUUGAAGAGAACACCAAGCUCACCUCCAUCCCAACCUGCAAACGAUUUGUUGUUCCUCUGCAGUUUGACAAGGAUGCUGGAGUAGGUUCUAAUUUAGUCACACUUCCCUCUACUGCAACUGCUGUAAAGGAGAAAGAUGGGAUCUACUGCCAACCUGAAAUACUGUGUGAAGGGAUAGAACUGCCUCGCAUCAACUAUGACUAUAAUGGCAAAAAACACAAGUAUAUCUUUGCAACGGAAGUGCAGUGGAGUCCAGUUCCUACAAAGAUUGCAAAAUUUAAUACCCAGACAAAGGAAAUGCUCCACUGGGGAGGGGAGGACUGCUGGCCAUCAGAGCCCAUCUUUGUUCCCAGCCCUGAUGCAAGAGAAGAGGAUGACGGUGUUGUUCUGACCUGUGUUGUGAGGACUGAUCCAGAGAAAGCACCCUUCCUACUUGUCUUGGAUGCUAAAACAUUCACAGAAUUGGGACGAGCCACAGUAGAUGUAAAAAUGCAUCUGGACCUGCAUGGAAUGUUUAUACCAGAGCAAGAUUUGAAGACUGAGACUGAAUAAAAUGCUGUUUGUCUUAUUGCACAGACCAAGACAACCUUCUGCUGAAUAUCCUUCAGGAACAACCUUCUCUUAUGACAAGAAAUGACUAAUUAUAAUCUCUUCAAUAUCUAUAUAUAAUCUCUUAUAAGAGAUAGCAAUGACUUUUGUUACAAAUUCUUAUAUGCACAACUGGUCUAUCACUAUUCCAAAAGAAGAAUUAUGAGUACGAAGUGCUAAUGUUUUAUACAACUCACGGGGCAGGGAAUAGGAGACAAAGGUAGCAAGAAAUGUUUUAUUUGAGCAGGCUCAAGCUUUGUGAGGCAAUGAAGUACUGUAUUUAUAGGGUGACGCAUGGCAUGAGUCACAGAUGGCUGCAGGUCAUGGAACUUCCAUGGACUGUUGCAAGACUGCAGCUGACAAUGAAAGUUGUCUCCUGCCAGAAGAACCUCAUGUUAAACUAUCUACUAUAUUCAUAAUUCAUGACAGUGUAUUCUCUUGGUGCUUGAUUUCUUAAAUUCCACCAUAACCAAAGUAUUACGUUGAGGUGCUACAUUUUUCUUAUCCAGAAACCACAAUACUGCAGCUUUGCUAGUCCUUUCAUGGGGUAUUUCUCACUUUUAUGUUGACAAAACCAAGUAACUUUAUUGAAAUAGAAUAUAUAUUUUUAUGUAUCAUUCAAUUAUACUUUCGUGAUACUCAGUCUUAAGCACUUUGUAUUUAAAUCAGUUUUCCCUGAGGACAAUAUCUGACAUGUCACGUAACUAGAUGAUUACGUUGUGUAAAAGAUAAAAAAGAAUUGUAGUAUUUAUUAAUAUUGCUACUUGUGUCUGUUAAUAACAGUAUGUAUGUGAAUGAGGGCAGUGUAUUUCUAGCAGAACUCAAUACACAGGAACAACAAACUGUUUAGGGAAAGAGUGAAAGAUCUAAUCUAGGUCUCAUCUGAACCACACAGAAGCUGAAACU